AUGUUUGAUGGUUCGGAAAUCCGAGAAUGGAUUUAUCGUUGCGAGCAAUUCUUUUCAAUUGACAGUACCCCACCAGAACUAAAAGUUCGUUUCGCCUCUCUUCACAUGACCGGCAAGGCUUUACAAUGGCACCACGCUUAUAUCGCCAACCGCUACAACGUGUUCCCUCUAUGGCCAGAAUACGUUGCUGCAGCAUCUGAACGCUUCAGUGAGCUCUUUGACGAUCCACUAUCCGAGCUAGUCAGCCUGAAACAAGGGAGCGACUCCAUUGAUGUGUAUCUUGAAAAGUUUGAUUCAGCUAUGAUAAGAAUUACUCUUGCUCCGGAGCAUGCUCUGAGUAUCUUCUUGACAAACAUGAACCAGCACUUAGCUCUUCAUGUUCGACAAUUUAACGUCACAACCGUACCAGCAGCAGCAAAGAUAGCAAAACUCCAUGAGUUAUCUUUGGCGCACACACCAGCUAAAACAUCGCGCCCAGCUUUCAACUCCUCUCAGCGAUCUAGCUUCACACAAAACAAGAACCAGUACAGCAGCACAACACCAACUACACCCAACACCACUAGCAAUCAAAACAAACCAAUACUCGCUACCCCACCACAUAAGCGAAUCUCUUUCGACGAGAUGCAAGAACGGAAACGAAAGGGUCUGUGUAUGUAUUGCGACGAACAAUUCACACCUGGUCAUCAACUCAAGCAUCGACGCUCUGAGUUUUUAUUGUUGGAAGCUGAUCCAACAGAGUUUGACAAGGAAAUCGCUCUUGAAGAACAAAUUCGAGAAACAACUAUCGAAGAUGAAGACGAUAAAGUCCCCACUAUUUCCAUCCAUGCCUUAAAUGGUUGCCCAACAUUUAACUGUAUGAGACUUCUAGGCCAGUAUGGAAAGCGGAAAAUACACAUUCUAAUCGAUCCCGGCAGCACACACAACUUCCUCGAUCUACAAAUUGCCAAGGGUUUGGGAUGUCCCUUGACACCAAUCAAACCAAUGUCUGUUGUUGCAGCUAGUGGAGACUUGAUUACUAACUACAAAUGCAGCUCUUUUCUGUGGAAAAUGCAGGGCUACGAGUUUAAAACAGAAACAAGAACACUACCACUGGGAUGUAGUGACUUGGUACUAGGUGUUCAAUGGCUCUCUACCUUGAGACCUAUCCUUUGGGAUUUUCUAAACCUGCGAAUGGAAUUCAACUUCAAGGGUUUGAAACAUGUUCUCCGAGGGACAACACCGAACUCCUCUAAGGUUGUCACGGGAAGCAACCUAAACAAGCUGAUCUUACAAGAACCUCAACUCGCCCUACUCCACUUAAGAGAAGUCGACAACACCAUACUCCCCCAACAGCCACUUACUCCAGAAGAUAUCUUCUAUCAUAUCGAAGCCAGCGACCCAAAACUCGAUAUGAACGGAGCACUUACUCAACUACUCGGAUCCUACACGGACAUCUUCGAAGAACCAUCAUCUCUCCCUCCAUUCCGAGAAGGUUUCAAUCACAAGAUCCCGCUCGAGUCAGGAGCUAAUCCUGUCAACUUACGACCAUACCGAUACUCAUCUAUGCAGAAGGACGCAAUUGACAAGAUGGUUCGUGAGAUGACCGAUCAAGGAAUUAUCCAAUACAGCUCCAGCCCCUACGCAUCUCCGGUGGUUCAUGUGAAAAAGAAAGAUGGUUCAUGGAGACUUUGUGUCGAUUACAGAGGUCUAAACAAACAGACGAUCAAGGAUAAAUAUUCUAUACCUCUCUUAGAAGACCUCUUAGACGAGCUGGGUGGCGCCAAAUUCUUCUCAAAACUGGACUUACGCGCCGGCUUCCAUCAAUUGCGGAUGUCACCAGAAGAUGUGUAUAAAACAGCAUUCAAAACCCAUUCUGGCCACUAUGAAUACCUCGUCAUGCCUUUCGGUCUUACCAACGCCCCAUGCACCUUUCAAGGCCUGAUGAACCAUGUCUUUGAACCGGUACUUAGAAAAUUCUUACUUUUCUUCUUUGACGAUAUUUUGAUAUACAGCGACACAUGGGAGGACCAUCUCGCGCAUCUGGACAUGGUUUUUGCGAUAUUACGCCAUCACCAACUAUACCUUAAACAGUCCAAAUGCACCUUUGGCGCUACAAAGAUCGAAUACCUCGGUCACUUCAUCUCAUCUGCCGGCGUAAGCACCGAUCCAAAGAAAAUAAAAGCAGUAGAAAGCUGGCCGUUCCUAAGAAUCAAAAACAGAUACGAAGUUUUUUGGGUCUUGCAAAUUACUACAGACGCUUUAUACAAAGCUAUAGUAUUAUCGCACGACCCCUUACCGUUCUACUACGCAAAGACGGUUUCUCAUGGAGUCCAGAAGCAGACACCGCCUUCCAAGCCUUGA